UAGGAUGCUUACUGAGUUGGCUUUCACCUGGUAAUCUGCGGUCUUGUCAGGGAGACUGGAAGGUGAGGCCGUGCAAACAUAAAAGGAUCGGUGAGGCUCUUGAUCCCAACAUCUAAAGGGAGAUCGGUGAGGCUAUCAAACCUUCACUUGCCGAUGCCUCGGUGAUGUCAGAUUGACGCUCGGCUCUUUUGCGUUAGAAAUCUCUUUGACGUUUGCACAGUGCACAUAUUUUGUUUUCUGGUGUUCUUUCUCUAUCUUACGUCAUUAGAUAUUGGAAAGGACAAUGGGUUUAUCAUCUGCUGCUGUUUCCAAGGAAGCCAUACAAUUAUGCGUAUUUGAUUUGAGGAGAGGACAGCAUGAAGGGCAAGAGCUGGAUAAGAUUUUGUUUUUCUUCCCAGCUGAUUUGCCCUUCUCUAAACAACUUUCUGUUAUUGGGCUUAGUGAAGGACUGAUUACAUUUACAAGGAUUUUCUCUCCAGAGGCUGCAUGUGAAGUCAUUGAAGCAGAAAGGCAUUCUCAUGUCUUUUACGAGGCAGAACCAGAUAUAUGGAUGGUGAUGGUGGUUGAGAAAAAUAAUGAUGCAGAAACUACAUGGCGGGAUGAUGCAUUGAGAAAGGUUCUCAAGGAAAUACACUCGCUUUUUGUUAUGUUUCAUGGAACUGUAAGGGCUAUGAUUGAGAAAGAACCUAGUGGAGGACUUGUCAGACGUCAUUUGUAUUCUUUUAUCAUGGAUUAUUUGAGGGCGUGUAAAAAGCGGUCUCCAUGGGAUAGUUGCUGCUGUGGUAAUGAUUUUCUUGUGGGGAAAAAGCUUCUUUUACCAUCAUUUCGUGAUUGUUUGAAGGAACGUGGGACUGUGCAGAUGUUGACAAUAGGUCGGGAGGCUGCUAUUGAGGUUCAGGUUAGAUGUAGUUUGAGCUAUUGUCAUAUACACGAGAUUUGAAACUACUGCAGUUAUUCUGAAUCUAGGAUGCUAAGCCUCCUGGAUUAUUAACUACUUAGAAUUCUUUCACAAAAUCUUCCUGUUCCCGCUGUAGUGGUGAUUUCAUUGCUUGCAGCAAUCAGCAGUUGGUCCCCAU